UCUUAUUUUUUUUAUUUAGGAAAUGGUAGUUUAGCAUGCUUUCAGAAUGGACAGUUUCAGGAAACUGCCAAACAAAAAUAUUCAGAAUGGGCAGUUCCACCACAACACCAUGCAGCCACUGUUUUUCAUACAGCAGGUACACCAAGAAAUUUCACAUGCCUUCACUUGGCUUGGCUCUGGUGCUGCUGGUCUCUUUGGUCUCUCCGACCAGCUCCUGCACGGAGCAGGAGAAGAGCUCCCUUCUCCAGCUCCUCGCCGGGCUCUCAUGGGACGGCGGCCUCACGGCGUCGUGGCGGCACGACACCGACUGCUGCACAUGGGAAGGGAUCACCUGCAACCAAGAUAGGAAGGUCACUGAUGUUUUGUUGGCUUCUCGAGGCCUUGAGGGGCCCAUCUCGCCGUUCCUUGGCAACCUCACCGGACUUUUGCGCCUCAACCUUUCCCGGAACUUGCUGUCUGGUGGCUUGCCACUGGAAUUAGUGUCAUCCAGCAGCAUCCUUGUUCUUGACAUCAGCUUCAACCGCCUCACAGGAGGCCUGAGCGAGCUGCCAUCUUCAACCCCUGCGCGGCCUCUGCAGGUACUCAACAUCUCAAGCAACUUGCUUACAGGCAUAUUACCAUCGACAACAUGGGAGGUGAUGAAGAGCCUGGUCGUUCUUAAUGCCAGUUCCAACAGAUUUACUGGUCAGAUACCAACUACACCAUGUGUUGGUACGCCAUCUUUUGCUGUCCUUGAGCUCAGCUUCAACCAACUCAGUGGGAACAUCCCUCCAGGACUCAGUAAUUGCUCGGUGCUGAAAUUGCUAGGUGCUGGCUACAACAAACUCAGUGGUACACUUCCAGAUGAACUCUUCAAGAUCACCUCGUUAGAGCACCUCUCUUUACCUAACAAUUGGUUAGAAGGAGCUCUCGAUGGCAUCAGCAAGCUCACAAAUCUGGUCACCCUUGAUCUUGGCGGGAAUGAGCUCAGCGGCGAUAUUCCAGAGUCUAUAGGUGAUCUGAAGAGAUUGGAGGAGCUGCAUUUGGAACACAACAACAUGUCAGGGGAGCUGCCAGCAGCUCUAAGCAACUGCACAAAUCUUGUAACAAUUGACCUCAAGGCAAACCACUUUAGCGGAGAACUUACCAAGGUCAACUUCGUAAGCCUGUCCAAUCUAAAAAAACUAGAUCUUCUUUCCAAUAACUUCACCGGCACAGUUCCAGAAAGCAUAUACUCCUGCAGCAAGCUGACUGCACUACGGCUAUCUUACAAUCCUUUCCAUGGUCAAUUGUCAGAAAAAAUAGGCAAUCUGAAGUCCCUCAUAUUCCUAUCACUUGCUAAUAACUCUCUUACAAAUAUCACAAGAACACUUCAGAUGCUUAGCAGUUCCAGGAGCCUCACCACCCUUUAUAUUGGGUGCAACUUCCUGCAUGAGACCAUGCCAGAGGAUGUCAGCAUUGAUGGUUUUCAGAAUCUCCAGGUUCUUUAUAUAAAUCAUUGUUCAUUGUCUGGAAAAAUACCUGAUUGGUUAUCAAAGCUACCGAAUUUGGGGAUGCUAUUUUUGCAAGGGAAUCAACUAACUGGACCGAUACCUGAAUGGAUCAGCAGCCUAAAUUUUCUCUUCUCUCUAGAUAUAUCAAACAACAGCCUUACAGGGGAAAUUCCAAGUGCUUUAAUGGAGAUGCCAAUGCUAGAAUCAGAUAAUACUGCACCAAAGGUCUUCUUUGAGCUGCCUGUUUGGAACAAGAACCAAUUUCUGCAAUACCUCACGCCCAGUGCUUUUCCUAAAGAGCUUAAUCUAGCCAUGAAUAAUUUCACUGGUAUGAUUCCGGAGGAGAUCGGUCAGUUACAAGGACUAUUUUCACUUAACUUGAGCUCCAACAGAUUAUCUGGAGAGAUACCAGAACAGAUCUGCAAUCUCACGAACCUGCAGAUGCUCGACUUGUCUGGUAAUCAUCUCACUGGUAAGAUUCCAGCUGCAUUGAACAAUCUGCACUUCCUUUCCAGAUUCAACAUUUCUAAUAAUGACCUAGAAGGCCCUAUUCCAAACAUGGGCCAGUUCAGCACGUUUCCGGAUUCUAGCUUUAGUGGAAACCCAAAACUGUGUGGCCCUAUGGUUGCAAACCAUUGUGGUUCGGCAGAAGCAAGUCCAGUUUCCAUUGACCCCAUAAAACAGAUUGGUAGUGAGGCCAUCAUCUUUAUGACCGCCUUCGGUGUUUUCUUUGGAGUAGGAGUCCUAUAUGAUCAGAAAGUCUUAGCUAGAUAUUUUGGCUGAAACCAUGUAACCGUUAUCACCGUUCACAAAUGGUUAAUAUUUGUAAAUAUUGAGUAUAUAAUAUAAGGACAUUUGACUCUGCAGUCCAGAAAAGAAAAUCUACAGGGAAAGCACACAAGAGGCGCUCCAAUGAUAACUUAUCACAAAAUGCCAUUUUUCGUCUCCUUUGUAGCCUCUCCUGCCUAAAGCUGAUUAGGUAAAGGACAUUUCUUUCCAUUCUCUCCUAGCUAAAGCUGAUUUAGUAAGAAUACUUUUCUUUAGUGAUAACCAGAAAUAAAUCUUGAUUUUCAGAAGUACUCUAGCACUUAUAUUAGAGUCAGAUGUUUAAAUUGCCAUGUGUAAAGAGCAAACCAGAAGCCUUGCUAAUCAGACCAACUUUGUGUCCCUGCUGUUGUCAAGUACACCCCUGGUGCAGGCUGACUUCAUUUCUUCCUACAUAAGUAGGGUGUCUCGCCCAAAAGCAUCCUCUUGCAGUGCUAAAAUAAAUAAGCUAGAUACAGACGCCGUGGA